AUCUUGGACCGAUUGGUGAUAUCCACAACACGAAAUGACGUGGAUUCGCUCGUGAAUUCAAUUACGUGGGGAAAACUCCGAUCAUUGCCACUGCCACGAGAUAUCCAGUGAUCUUUUCACGUUCCGACAAUCUCUGCAAUCGAUCAUCAUAUUCUUCAAUGGCUGCCCAAUCGGUCGGCGAAACGGACGGCACAGAUUUUCCAUCCGACCUCCCUUACCUGUCCGGCUUCAACAACCAUUUCUCAUCCGAGGCGAUUCCCGGUGCUCUUCCUCAAUCCCAAAACAGUCCUCUCAUAUGCCCUUUCGGCCUCUACGCCGAGCAGAUCUCCGGCACUUCCUUUACAUCUCCUCGUAAAGCCAACUUGUGCAGUUGGCUGUAUCGGAUUAAGCCGUCGGUCACGCAUGAACCGUUUAGACAACGUUUGCCUAAAAACGAGAAGUUGAUCAGUGAAUUUAAUGCAUCAAAUUGUUCAUCUACUCCGACUCAGCUAAGGUGGAAACCGGCGGAUUUUCCUGAUUCACCGGUGGAUUUUGUUGAUGGGUUGUACACUGUCUGCGGAGCCGGCAGUUCGUUUCUCCGCCAUGGGUUUGCUAUUCACAUGUACACAGCCAAUAAGUCGAUGGAGAACUGUGCGUUCUGUAAUGCUGAUGGCGACUUCUUGAUAGUUCCUCAGAGUGGAAAGCUGUGGAUUAUUACAGAGUGUGGUAGACUUGAAGUUUCGCCAGGUGAAGUUGUGGUUUUACCACAAGGUUUUCGCUUUGUUGUUUAUCUGCCCGAUGGUCCAUCACGUGGCUAUGUAGCUGAAAUUUUUGGUAGUCAUUUCCAGCUUCCUGACCUUGGUCCGAUAGGUGCUAAUGGUCUUGCUGCACCAAGGGAUUUCCUUGCACCUGUAGCUUGGUUUGAAAAUAGUCCACGUCCUGGUUACACAAUUAUUCAAAAAUUUGGUGGGGAAUUGUUUACUGCAAUACAAGACUUUUCUCCCUUUAAUGUAGUUGCCUGGCAUGGAAAUUAUGUUCCCUAUAAGUAUGAUCUCUGUAAGUUCUGUCCUUAUAAUACUGUGUUGUUUGAUCACAGCGAUCCAUCAAUAAAUACAGUAUUAACGGCGCCAACUGAUAAACCUGGAGUAGCACUACUCGACUUUGUCAUUUUCCCUCCCAGAUGGCUUGUUGCUGAACACACAUUCCGUCCUCCAUAUUACCAUCGUAACUGCAUGAGUGAAUUUAUGGGUCUCAUAUAUGGAGGCUACGAGGCCAAAGCUGAUGGGUUUGUUCCAGGAGGUGCCAGCCUUCAUAGUUGCAUGACUCCCCAUGGUCCUGAUACUAAAACUUAUGAGGCUACUAUUGCUCGGGGGAACGACGCUGGACCACACAAAAUUAGUGGCACAAUGGCGUUUAUGUUUGAAUCAAGUUUGAUCCCUCGCGUAUGUUCUUGGGCUCUUGAGUCCCCAUUCAUUGAUCAUGACUAUUAUCAAUGCUGGAUAGGACUGAAAUCUCAUUUCAAAAAUGAAGCAAUUGGAGAUACGGAUCCACAGAAGGUAAGAAUUGAAUCUGAAAAUGGAAGACAAAUUGGGUAAAAUAUAAUAUUGGACGGAGAUCCUGAAUUACAUGAAAAUAGGUUUCAUAUUAAGUGUACAUAUAAGAAUAAAAUGGUGUAUAAAUUACCGCACAGGAACGUGCUUUAUGAUAUAACUUGUUUGGCCUGGUAAUGCCCCAGGUCUUGUUAAUCUAUCUAUAGUAAUAUAAUAUAACUUGUUAAUCGGUUGUAGUUACCAAAGAACAUAGGUAAAAUAAUACAAAACAUGUACUAUUGACCAAGAGGUGAAAUUUUCAAACCCUACCCUCAUAGCAUAUUGUUGAACUCAAAACUGAAAAAGAAAGGACACAUCAUUGCCAAAAAAAAAAAAAAAGAAUUGAGAAUAAGAAACUGGAAUAAGUCUUAAUCUUAUUUGAUAGAACCAUUAGUGUGAUCUUACAUUUUUCACUUUCAAGAAAUGUUAUAGUAGUUAGGACCCUGACAAUCCAUUUGGUAACCCAUUCAUUUUCUGUUUUUGGUUUCUGUUUGGUAACUAAUUCAUUUUUUGUUUUUAAAACCAAAAAAAAAAAAAAAAAGUUUUUAAAUUAGGAAGGGAAAUUGAAAAUGAAAAAAAAAAGUUUCAAAAUUAAGUUUGAUUUUUUGAACGCUGAAAGCCCCAAGAGCUCUAACACGCAGGUAACUCCAACUACGACUUCUUUUUUAUUUCUCAUUCCUUCUCACCAGUAAGCUGGUUUCUCCUUCUUUGAUUCUUGUUCUUCUUUGGAUUUCUUGAUGGAACGAUCGAUUUCAUUGUGGUUAGAUAGCAUUUUGGUUUUGUUGGGGGUGUGUUGUUCAUUGUUAUCCAUUAUGCGUUGGUGGUGGUGUUCAUUGCUGAACUUGGUUCGAUUAUGUGUUGUUAAUUGCUGUCUGAAGUAUCAAGAUUGGUGUUAUUGGGUUUGGAUGACUGUCAGGAAGCAAUGUGCUGUAGUAGCUUAUAUAGAAUUUAUUGAAAGUACCAAGAUUAGUGUUAUUGUUGUAGCUUAUACACAUUCUAUACUGAUUGUGUUUCUUGUUGUUUAUUGUUUACCUUAUAUAGAAUUUCACCAUCAUUCCAUGUGGUUAUUAUUGGCUUAUUGACUGGUUUCUCACUAUAUUGAACGAAUGCUCUGAAGUGUGUUUGAUUAAAGUUCUGAAUCAACCAAUUGUGGCUAUUGAUAAUCAUUUGAUUUUCUGUUUAGUCUUUUAAAAUUGUGCUUGCUUUCUCAUUUGAACGCUAAACCGCUCUAUAAAACAUUGUUCGGAAAACUCAACCCAUUUUUUCGUCAAAGUUUCCUCCCACUGCUAGAAACUUCAAGGCUCCCUUGCAAAGCGCACCUUGGAUUCUUUAGAAUUAUAAAUAACCCUUUGAUUCUUUUGCUGAUAUUUAUAAAUUCUGGUUGCUCUGAAUUUCUGUAUUUUCACUCUCUGGAAAUUCACCUAUUUCAAAGAGAAAUUAUUAGAGGAAACCAACAAUAUGGUGGUGACAUUAUGGAUGAGUUUGAGUUGAUGGCUAUAAUGUACAGAGGGUAGGUCAAAAAAUAGUUAGAAAUUUCAUCAAGCUUCUUCUCCUAGGCGUAAAAGUUUUCACUGUUGUGGAAGGUGGCAUCAAACUCAAGGGCCUCAUGCGACGGUCCCAAGCUUUACGAGCAGUAGAGAGGGUCGUUGUGACAUUGAAACGGAUGGAGUGCAAGGAGACACCUUUUGACUGAUUAGGGGGAGCUCUCAAAUUUCCCCUUAGCCCAUUUUGAUUAACCUUAUAAUAUCAAGAACAGAGCUGUGCUCCCCUGCCAUUUAGAAGUGAUAAAUUAAGAAGAAGAAUUGAGCACUUUAA